UUCCCAUUUAAGUGUGGCCCCAAUCAGACCAAGCGCUUUUUGCAGAUUGCAAAGCACACCACACUACCGUGAAGUAAACCCACAAAUCUGAUCUGACUGGACAAUGCAGUGCAGUUUGCGGGAUUGUAGUCAGUUUGAGCGGUUGUUGGUCUACUCUAUCUUGGCUCACUAAAAACAUUGCAACCAGUGACAGCAUUGCGGGGUCAACCACACAAAUGUCUUUGCUAUUCACCGUUCAAUGUUAAUUUCAUGCAUGUGCAACCGGGCCCUUACACCUCUUCCUAAAAUACUGCAAGCGAGUGAACUGUAAUGGAUAGAGCACAAACAAUUGUCCACAUAAACUACGAGUGAUGUCAGCCUUGUUGAUGGCUUACUACCGGGGAAAGGGAAACAACCAAGAAUUCAGUGUUGAUUUUGUUUUUGCACGUCGCUCAGUCAGGUCCUGGACACAUGGAGCAGGUUAGAACAUCUCCAUUAGGAAAAACUGAAGUAAUCAAAUAUUCGCUCGUUCGCAGUUUGCAUCUUUGCUUUGCGGGGAGUUCAACUUUGGUGAACUUUCGUCAGUCAAUAGAAGAGCGAGACAAGUCUGAUCAUCAAAGCCAUCCAGAAGAAUGAUUUCCUGAGCCGCCUUGACAAUGAGCAAACAGCGAUGAUGGUGGAUCUCUUGGCGGUAUCUAAGUUCAAACCAGAGGAUGACGUCAUUAAAGAGGGCACUGAAGGAGACAGCAUGUACAUAGUAGCAGCUGGUGAGCUCCGUGUCACCCAGGCAGGCCAGGAACUACGCACCUUAACCACUGGUGAUGUUUUUGGGGAGCUGGCCAUCCUGUACAACUGCAAACGGACAGCAACAGUCAAAGCUAAGACUGCAGUGCGUCUGUGGUGCAUGGAGCGACAGACUUACAGGACCAUCAUAACCAUCAAGUCCAAGAAAAAAAGGGAGCAGCUCAUGGGCUUCCUGAAGACGUCUCGUACUCUGAAGGACCUGAAUGAUGUCCAGUUGUCCAAAAUCAUUGACUCAAUGGAGGAGGUGAAGUACCAGGACAAAGACAUUAUAGUUCGAGAAGGAACAGAAGCAAACACGUUCUACAUCAUUCUCAAAGGAGAGGUCCUGGUGACUAAAAAUGUGAACGGGCAUCAGAAGCACAUUCGUAGGAUGGGAAAAGGGGAGCAUUUCGGGGAACAAGCCCUCAUACGUGAAGUCUUGAGAACUGCCACCUGUACUGCGGAUGGCCCGGUUACCUGCUUCUCCAUUGACAAGGAGGUAUUUGAAGAGACAAUUCCCAUAGAGCACCUGGAGCUGUUUGACGACUCCAAAGUGCUGCAGGAGGCACAAGCUCCAGAAAGUCCCAGCUCCACUCUGAAGUUUAAGGACCUGGUUCCUGUGAUGUAUCAGGAGGGUCGCUAUCAAGGAGAUCCUGUCACGCUCGGAGUCGGCGGGUUUGGCCGUGUUGAGCUGAUGGCCACAGUGAAUAAUGGGAAAUAUUACGCCAUGAAGCGAGUGAGCAAGAAGCAGAUCGUUGCCAAGAGACAGGAGGAGCACAUGCUGUUUGAGAAGAAGAUCCUUCAAGCCACCCAAUGUGACUUCAUCGUCCGGCUUUAUGCAGCUUUUAAAGACACACGAUACAUCUACAUGGUCAUGGAGUUCUGUUCUGGAGGAGAGAUCUGGACCAAACUCAAAGAAGUAGGGCGCUUUGACGAGCCCAUCGUUGUGUUCUGCACUGCCUGCGUGGUGGAGGCUUAUGCCUACCUCCAUAAGAAGAACAUCAUGUACAGAGACCUGAAGCCUGAGAACCUGAUGAUGGACGUAAAGGGCUACAUCAAACUGGUGGACUUUGGUUUUGCCAAAGAAUUGGUGCGCGGUGAGAAAACCUACUCAUUUGUCGGCACUCCUGAGUACAUGGCUCCAGAGAUCAUCAAGAAUCAGGGUCAUGACUUUGCAGUUGACUUUUGGUCCCUUGGCGUCCUGAUCUUUGAGCUAUUGGUGGGAAGCCCUCCCUUUUCAAGCUCAGAGCCUCAGAAGAUUUAUGCCAAGAUUUUGGAUGGGGUGCUCAAGUAUCCACCAUACUUGAGUGAGGCAGCCAAGUCCAUUAUCAGCAAAAUGUGCAGACCUCGCCCAGGUCAGAGGUUAGGAAACACCAAAAAUGGAAUCAAAGAUGUCCGGAAUCACAGGUGGUUCAGCAGUAUGAACUGGCACAAGCUGCGUAUGGGUCAGCUCAACGCCCCCACAGUCCGGCUCAUACGCAAGGGCCCCUGCUACAUCAACUUUGAUCGUUUCCCUCUUGAUCAGACCAAGGCAGAGGAGGAGUUCUCUGGCUGGGACCGUGACUUCUGAUAUUUUACUUCUGAUAUUUAAAGAUCAAAGACCACAAGAGCUGAAAACAUCAGCCAAAUAUGGAGACAAAUCCAAAUAACCUCAGUUAAAACCCAACUAGGACCACACAAUGGUAGUAGGAACUUCAUAUUGAAAUAAAACAUGACCCAUUUCAUACUAGUUUGAUUAUUAAAUUAGAGUGGAACUAGAGGAUGUCACCAUCUCCAAAAUAUUUAUUAACUUCUCUGUCGCUAUAGUGGAACAACCAUCUAGGUGGUGAAGGGUAAAAAAUAUGAGGAAGUGUUAAAACAAGAUGUUCUGUUUCCAAUCAGUGUGGGGAGAUCUGGUGCCUGAUGAGUGUUAGUAAAAUCAUCCGUAUAACACUCUUCACUGAUUAGAAUAAAACACCCGUCUGAGUGCUUGCUAGCUGAGAAAAAAAGGCUCGAGUCAUACUGUAUAAUCUGUACAGAGGGCCAGAUCUUUCUAAACCUGCAAUUAAAUAAUGUCACAUCUGUAUUGUGCUCCACUGUUUAUUGCUCUCUGGAUCUAUUUUAGUUUUCGAGGUAAAACAUGCUUUCCUGCUUGUAGCAAAACUGUUAAAUGGUUCAACAUUGUUAAAGUUGUUUUUUUUAUUAUAAAUUGUCACUUUCUUGUGGAGUUUUUCCUUUGGUUUUCCAGAUAUUCUGCCCCCUUUUUUCAGUGCAGAUUAUUUCCUUGCACCUUGAUCAUAGAGCAUCCUGAUGUAAUUUUUCUACCCGACUCAAGUUUAGUAAA